AUGGGUAUCCUACGACUUAAAUAUCACCUAGAUCCCUACCUCGAGAGAGUCUCUUUGCAAAAUGAGAACCGACCAGCCCAAGGCUUGCCCAACGUGCAAUCUGUGGUGAUCGAUGGGCCUAGCCUUGUCUACCAUAUUCACCAUCGCCUGCUAUCAUGGUCUCAUCCCGAGCUACGCUAUCCUGAUGUGCAGCCAACCUGCGAUGAAGUGAGCCAUGGGGUCAUGACUUUCCUCCUAAAUCUGGCCUUCCUAGGCGUGAAGAUAGAAAAAAUAUGCUUCGAUGGAGCUUUACCUCCAUCAAAACAGACGACACGCCUUGCUCGUCUGGAAAAGUCAAGAAGAAGACUCGGGUCAUUUCGGACUAGCCAGCUAGGUUGUUCGCUCGCAUCUUCCAUGUCGGCAAAGGUGAGAUUUGAAUCAUUCGAGAAUAUUUUGCAAAGCAGGAGUCUUCCCCCCAAUUUCACACUGGUGCCUGAGAACCCGUUCAUAGUCCCAACAGUUUACGAAGAUCUUCGACAGCGUUGGACCAAGGAGAAGAUUCUCCAGACUGUUCCGGUGCCCUCAUGGAUGAGCAUGGUCGCUGAUCGUCUUGAAUUCGUUUCCUGGGCCGAUAUCACCAUAAUGGUCCCCGGGGAGGCGGACUGCUACUGUGCUUAUGUGGCAAAGCAAACUGGCUGUUCGAUUCUUACGAGUGAUUCCGACCUCCUUCUCUAUGAUAUUGGCUCGUCAGGGUCUAUUGUCUUUCUCAAUUCCAUCAAUUGUGAGCGCACAGAAUCAGAAAGCCGGACAACAGCGCAGAGAUUGUGUCCGAUGACCGUUGCCAAGCAGCUGGGGUUGUCAACACUGUUACCACUGGCAUUCGAACUGAAUUUGAGACCACGAGCUGGCCUGAAUGAGCUUAUUCGGCGGUCAAAGGUGAUUGACAAGGCAAACGACCCAGCCUCUGACUUUUCCCACUUUACGAGAGAGUACCUAAUCUCGCCGAAUAUCCGCAUUGAUCAAGUUGAACAGCAGUAUCCUCAAUCACUCGAUACCAGGGUGUCAGAGGUUGUCUCUCAGUAUAUAUUACGGGAGACAUAUCUACACAAACGGUCCCUGAACAUGUAUCUCGUGAUGCUGAACGAGGAUCCCAAGAGGCAGUGUGCUUGGAUGCAAGGACGUCUUUUCAGGGCCAUGGGCUAUUCCUUUUUCAACCUAACACAAGCCCCACACAAAAGGCACGACUUUAUUAUUGAACACAUCAGGCGAGGCGAUAGAAUAACGGCCGACCUGAUCACCCUUAAAAACCGACCAUGGGUACGAUCAGAAAUGCAAUCCUUGCUUAAUCAGCUGGACGUGGUCCGAUUGAAGACAGGCAUGGAGAUUGAUUGCCCGCUCUACUGGAGAACUUUCGCACUCUACACUAUACUUGGAACGCAGACAGGAAUCCAAAAUCUUAAGCCCGCCCAGUUGGAGCAGUUCUUAACAUGUGGCUAUAUGGACAAUAUGUUGAACUGGGAAGAUGUCCACACUUCGGCUCAGAUGCAAUCUGUGCUUUAUUCCUUGAGAAUUCUUAAACAACUGAUUGAAAUAUCAGAGACUCCUGACAAGGAGACGACACAGAUAUGUGCCUUUCUAGCUCACCUCCCAUCGUUACAUGUUUUGACGAGAUCAACACACGAGAUGAGGGCAGAGUAUGCAAUGAGUAUCUCUGCUAAGAACGUUAUUGAACGAUCUGUAUUGUUUUUAUGGAAUAAUAGCAAUGACGAAGCUGAAGACAUAGAGGAGCCGCAGAUGAUGUCUGAUAACACGCAAUCCCAGAGAUUUGAGGAUCGAGGAGCCACUCAUCGCCAGCGAAUGCCAAUAAAACGCAAGCGACGGGAAAACUCUUACAAUAUUUUUGAGAUUCUAUCACAGCAAUGA